GUACGUACCUAAUCCACUUAUCUGUCGUCCUUCACCUGCUUGCAUUUGUAUCUACCUUGCGCUUGUACACAAAGCUGGCGACAAACACCACGAUACGAGCUAUCACUGCAUCCUUCUGAACAUACCCAGCGCUUUAGUGAAGCCGUCCAUAUUUCGGAUCCAACUCCCCCAGCAACCUGCCAUUCAUCUUUGCGAAGUCCUAUCACGCUUGUACUACAUCGCAAUCGACUACCGAGCAAUUUCCCAGACCUACCUUUACCUUAGCCCAAGGUACGAACGACAAGCGAAACAGUAUCGUUGCCGAACCGCUCGGAGUCAGAAGAAACAAACGAAGGAGCCGAUUUCGUCGCAGUCAUGUCGUUCGAAAGCGUCAUGCCGCCGUACAAUGCCACGGACCCGUCGGCCUCAUUCCUCAACUCCUCGUGCCUAGACUUCCUCCUCAUCGAGCUCGUGCCGCUAGCUUUUCGCGUGACAAGGGAGCUUGACACGGCGCCGACGGGCGACACGGCGAAUGGUACGGUCGCGGGGGCGCCCUCGAGCACUGGUGGAGGUGCUUCAGCCGACGCGCUGUCGUCUGUGAGCCAUAGCCAGGGCGGGGGUGCAGCCGGUGGCAGUGCCGGUGGUCUCGCGCCGUCGAGCGCGGGUGGCGCGGCUGGGGGUAGCACAGCGCAGAAAAUGGACGAGGACGAGGAGCGGGAUGCGGUCUUUUACCGGCUUGAGACGCUGGGGUAUCGCGUUGGGCAGGGACUCGUGGAGAGAUUCUCGAGAGACCGGCCGCGGUUCAACGACACGCUCGACGUCAUCAAGUUCGUCUGCAAGGACCUCUGGUCGCUGGUGUUUAGGAAACAAGUGGACAACCUCAAAACGAAUCACAGGGGUGUCUACGUCUUGACGGACAACUCGUUCAAGCCGUUCUCGAGGAUGAGCACAGAAGCCGGCGGGCAGGCCGUUGUUCGGGCACAACCGUUCCUCUGGUUCCCCUGCGGAAUUGUGCGCGGAGCCUUGGCGGCGUUGGGGAUCAACGCUACCGUUCAGGCCGAGACGAACGAACUACCGGCCGCCAUCUUUCAGAUCAAGACAUUGCCGUCGAGUACAUAACUCCC